AUGGUACUGAGAAUAGGAUUUAUCCCGGAGCAUUUCUCCACUCCUCUGCAGUUUGCAAUAAACAAAGGGUAUUUUGCACAGAAUGGCAUUGAGUGCCAGCUGAUCGAGUAUCCGUCGGGCUCAGGACACCUUAUCCAGUCCCUCAAGAACCGCGAAAUCGACAUGGCCAUUGGCCUCACAGAAGCUUUUGUCAGAGGUAUCUGCGAGGGAGACCACGAAAGUUACCAAAUAGCCGGGACCUAUGUGCAGUCGCCUCUCUGCUGGGCUAUCUCCACCGGUGUCGAGCGCUCAGACCUGACCUCCGAGACCCAACUUCAAGGCGCAUCGAUCGGAGUCAGUCGGAUUGGCUCAGGCUCGUACGUGAUGUCCUUUGUUCUGGGUUUGCAGCACCACUUCAAGAGUCCAUUUUUCAGCAAAUUUGUUGUUCUGGACAACUUCAAGAACCUCAGAGACUCGGUCAACAAAAAGGACAACGUUGAGGCCUCGGACGCGUUCAUGUGGGAGCAUUUCACGAGCAAGAAAUACUACGACAACGGCGAGAUCAAGAAGAUCGGCGAGAUCUACACACCGUGGUCUUCGUGGGUCAUUGUCUCCGGCAGAAGCGUGGAGCAAGAGCAUGUCUCGUCCUUUUUGAAGGCUGUGCAACAGGGUAUUGAGUACUACAACAACCACAAAGACGAGGCUGCGAAGUACAUUGCUGACCAUCUGGACUAUUCGUAUGAGGACGCCAAGGAGUGGCAAAAGACUGUCAAGUUUGCUGACAACGUCGAGGAAAUCGAUUUCGAAAAGGACAUCCUCGGCACGAAGUCGGUCCUAAAGACUGCCGGAGUCGUCCAGAACGACGGCUCUGAGACGGACGAGCAGAUUCUGCGAAAGCUGCAUGCCGGCGUCAUCCACUAG